CUACAUAUUGGAUCUUUAUUUCUUGGAUCUCUGCAUCUUGAAUCUACAGCCACCUGCACUAGGAGCAGAAAGUUUGUCGAGUGUGUAGACCCCUGCAUGGAGCUUGGUGUAUGCUUGUUCAUCUAUUUUCCUGAGCUGAUCCUGUAGGUGUGUGGAGAAGACAGUGUGCAAAGAAUGAAAUGAAGUAGGGAAAGAUGGAGAGAGACACUCAUGAGAGUGCAGAAGAAGUGAAGAGAACUUCAGGAGGGGAUGGAGGGAAUGAAGCAGAGCUUGAGAGUUACACAAGAGCCAAGUUCACACUAUGGGCUUACAUUAUCUGCUGGACUGCACUCCGAAUACUGCUACAGAAGCUGAGGAUCAGUAUGGCAGGCCAACAGGUUCAGGAAGCUCUUGAGGCCCCGAAUGACCCUGGUGGAGCAGAGCAGACCAAGUGUGAGCUUGAUUCAGACACAUCAGGAUGGACAGAGCAGGAAUCCAACAGCUUGCAAGAAUCGUGCAAUGAUGAGGACGAGUUUCCGGCUCUCCUGGGAGUGGAAGAUCUUUACCCAGGAUUGGAUUUAGAAAAUGGACCUGAGGAGGCGGAUGUCUGUAAAGUGCAAGGAGAGGUGAAGGGCACACACUCCAGCCAACAGGAAAUACAACCCAGCAACACACUUAAGGCAGAGAAAGAAGAAGUAAACAGUUAUUAUAAAAACAGAGACCUUGGAGAGGUCACGGAGGUACCACAGGAAAGACUGUCACUCCAGAUCAACAGUCUCAGUGCCGAGGAGCUCAAUCAAGGAGUAGGAGAACUGAAUACGCAACAUGUAAACACAUUUAAUGCAGGUUUACAAACUGCCAAGAAAAAAGACGACAGUGUAGUAAAGGAAGAAAAAAAGAAUAACAGCUCAUCAAGUAAAGGCUGUGAUGAAACAUAUGUCAAAGACAGCACUUGUUUACAAAGGACAGAUUUGUUUAGCUUAAAAAGUUCUGCCACGCACAAAUUAGAGAGGACAAGCACGUGCAGUGCAGAGAUACAUAAAAAUAUCAACAGGACCAGAGAACCAGAGAGCCCAGAGGUAGGAAUCAAAGAUACAGGGACGCAAGGCUGCUCUCAGGACUCUGACCUACACCGUAAAAAAAGCAACGGACAUUGUCCAAAUAUUACAGAUGCGGAAAGCACUACAUGCAUCCAACAAAGACGUAACAUCAACUUAGGGUGUGUAAAUCUCCACCACAAGUCACCGCUGUCUCAGGAUGAUGUAUGCAGUGUAAGAGCAGGUGGACUCGACUUGCUGUGCAGGAGUCGACUGGAGCAGAAUAAUGCUUGUAAAUUGUCUUUGCACAACCAUGCGUCACAUGAGGACAAAGUUACAGGUUCCUCAGGUGUCGAAGCAAAUGCACUGAACUCUGAAGACGCUCUGAUUGUUUGCACAACCUACCAAGACUGUAAUAUAACGGAUACAGCUCCAUGCAAACUAUGUGUUUGUGCAACACACCGUAACUCCUGCAAUGGUGACACAAAGCCACAUGACACGCCGUGUGUAUCAGGUGUCCGCUUGCAGCAUUUGGAAACCAAAUCUGUGAACUCUCCAGGUUCUGGAUUUCCUCACCACUUAAACGGCAAUGUGAGUUUAUUACACACUGGAGCAGAGAAUCUACUACAAAAAGAAAAACAUCUUGACCAGGAACAGGGCUUUGGGUCCGGGUUAUUGACACGUUCCACUGACUGUAAUGAUGUCAAUGAAAUUUCUGAGCUAAACACACCAGUCGCUGAAGCUGAGAACAUCGAUUCCACGCCGUCUUGUUCCGAAGGGUUGAUAAGCAAGGACAAGAGAAUCAGAUUGAAAGAGAAGGUUUGGGCGGAUACGUCCUUUCCGCUUAACCUCGCACCACUAUCUUCAUCUGCAAGGAGAACUUUUUGGAUCGAAGCCAGAAACCGACAAGCUCAGAGGAAGUAG